UUUCCAGGAGCUGUCAAUCCAUCCACCAAUUUCUUGACCCGGAUUCGCAUAACGACCCUUUCUUUUGUGCCGAUUCGGAUUGCGUGAUCUCCUGCAUCCGUGAUAAUCCUGGAGAAUGGGUGCUAACGACAGCACGGAGAGCCGAAAGCGCAGUCGUGCCACACCUGCGAAACCAGACCACAGUAUCCCAUCGAGCUUCAAGAAACGGAAGCUAGACGCCAACGGCAACCCGAUCGUCGCUUCUUCUCCGACAACACCCAAAACUACUCCAGGGGCCAAUUCGUCGGCUGUAAAGAAGUCCGCUCGCAGUAAAAUUACAUCCUCGCCCGUCUCAGCAUACGACGUGCCAGACUCCCCCGAAGACAACCCGCCACGUCGAAUCCGCAACGUUAGGAGCGUUGACCGACCGACUGCCAAGGUUCCGAUCCCGCCUCGCCGCAAUGUCGACGUUGACAUUUACGAUAUUCCCUGCUCCGACGACGAGUUGCAUUCGAGCCCGAAGGAGGUGAACUCGCAGAAAGCGAGCCCUACGAAGAAAAAAAGCAACGCCGCGGCCGACCACGCUAUAAAUGAGGUCAAUGGAGGGGAGACCAUCGAGGAGCCACAGCCCCGAAAGGGCAGGAGCAAUAGGGUGCUGGGAAAGGACGAGAAGUAUGCUUCGACGGAGGAGUCUUCCUCGCAGAUACGAUCGAGCGGACGCCGGAGAACUCUGACAGCGAAAGCCCUCGAGUAUGUGGAAAAGGUUGCGAGUCGCUCUGCAACUCCGACUUCUCACGCAAGAUCUUCUGCCGCUGUGGAUGAAGUUUCGAAGUCCAAGAAGGCGACGGGGAAGGUCAAUCGCAAUGUGUCUAUGCCUUUGAAAGGCAUUUUGACGCCGUCCAAGCGGGACGGUACGCCGAGAAGGAGCAAGAGCGUAGCAUUUGACUCUGCCAGUGCCUUGGCUCAAGAGGAGGUGUUUUUCGAGGAUCUUCCGACAAAAUCUGGGAGAAGCCGAAAACCAUCACAAAAGGUGGUUGAAGCAAAAGUAGCAGUGGCGAAGCCCGGGAAGUCACGAAAGGCGCCACCGAAGGUAAUCGACGAGGAGCCACAGGAGGAAGAAGAGGCGGAGUCAGAAGUUGAAGAACAGCAAGACGAGAAACCGGUAGCAGAAGCGUCAGAGCAGGAGGAAGAGGAAGACGAGGACGUUUGUUCGAUAUGCACGAAGCCCGAUUCCAAGCCGGGAAACAGAAUUCUAUUCUGUGAUGGCUGCGAUAAGGCGUUCCAUCAGAAAUGCUACAACGUGCCCAAGGUUCCCCGGGGAGACUGGUUCUGCAACGAAUGUGUUGGGCAGAAGCAGUCGCGAGCAGUGGCAGCAGACGAGGCGGUGAAGACUCCCAAUUUCGCACAACACCUGAGCAAUCUGCAAAGGGUGCUACUGGACCGGUGUACUGGUCGCCGACGAAUCAAGCUGAUCGACCAGGAUGACGCCUACGAAAAGGCGCAUCAGCUGGUUGAGCAGACGGUACUGGCUGGGGAGGGCAACUCCAUGCUCGUAAUAGGGGCAAGGGGAUGCGGCAAGACCACGCUCCUCGAGAGUAUAGUUGACGACCUGUCUUUACAACACAAGAAGGAAUUUCACGUUGUAAGACUAAACGGGUUUAUUCACACCGACGAUAAGCUGGCUCUCAAAGAGAUUUGGCGGCAGUUAGGCAAAGAGAUGGAGGCGGAGGACGAGGCCAAUGCUCGGUCAAAUUAUGCCGACACAAUGGCCUCGCUGCUUGCGCUGCUAUCUCACCCGUCGGAGAUGGCACGGGCGGAGGAGGGUGUGACCUCGCAAGCGGUCGUCUUCAUCAUUGAUGAGUUUGACAUGUUUGCAGCACAUCCCCGGCAAACGCUGCUCUACAAUCUGUUUGAUAUUGCACAGGCGCGUAAAGCCCCUAUCGCGGUGCUGGGUUGCACGACGCGGAUGGACGUAGUAGAAAGCCUGGAAAAGCGCGUGAAGAGUCGCUUCAGCCACCGCUAUGUCUACUUGUCCCUCCCAAAGAGCUUGCCGGCAUACUGGAAAAUAUGCAAGCAGGGUCUUUGCGUCGACGACGAGGACAUGGACGUCGAGGGCAUCGAUGUCAAUGUUGAUGGACACGAAGCUUUCCACGCAAAUUGGAAGGCUAUGAUUGAGGUUCUAUACAAAGAAAAGGCAUUCCAGAGCCUGCUGCAAUACCACUAUGCGACGACGAAAUCCGUCUCGGCGUUCCUAUCAGCGUGUAUCCUCCCCCUCUCCGCGCUUUCCUCUACAUCUCUAGACCUCGUCAUUCCACCAACACCAAGCGGUGCGCUUGUCUCCCUCACGCCACCAAACUCCAAACUUCACCUUUUGUCGUCGCUUUCUGAGCUGGACCUGGGUCUCCUCAUCGCGGCAGCGCGACUGGACAUUGUCGCGCACACAGACACGGUCAACUUUGCGAUGGCGUACGACGAGUACGGCUCGCUGAUGGGCCGGCAGCGCGUGCAGUCGGCCAGCUCCGGGUUGCUGGCCCUGGGCGGCGGCGUGCGGGUGUGGGGCCGGGGUGUGGCUGGUCUCUCAUGGGAGAGGCUCGUUGCCCUGGGGCUGCUGGUGCCAGCGGGUCUCGGGACGGGUCGGGCUUCGGGGUACGGCGGGCUAGAGGGGAAGAUGUGGAAAGUGGAUAUGGCGCUGGAGGAGAUUCCCGCGGGAUUGAAGUUGAAUAACGUGUUGGCGCGGUGGUGUAAGGAGAUUUGAGCGUGGGAAAUGGAGUCAUGCUUCGACGAAGACUGAUUGAGCCCCGUCUUGGAGGCAUAUGAUAUGACUGUGGCGUAUAGACUAAAGCGGUAGACCAGUAUCAGCCAUUACAUAUUCGCACCCCUAGGACCUGUAACAGUAGUUGGCGGCAAAGGAGCUGGCUGAUACUGAAAGUCGAGCGCCUCCUUGGCGAUCUCAUUUCCACAACUGGUUCCCAGGGCUUGGCGCCACAUGAGUAUCGCGCGGUCUAGGGAUUCGUAGGGCGUGGUUGGCAUAAAGUGGUCUGAUCGUCUAUCAAGUAACAAGUAAGGACGCCAGACGUGGCCAGGCGAAUAUCUUACCUUGGGGAGCGUGGGGAGGCAAGUAGGUAGGUAGGCACGUUGGGUAAAUUAAGUUGGACCAGAUAGUUGUUCUGAUGCGGCGCUAGGGAGGCGAUCCGGCCCGGUGUCUAGGCUGCUUUUGUCAAGGUCGGGGGGUUGUUGGGUGUUUGUUUGGAAUCAUGGAUAUGCAGUCUGCUUAUGGAUAUACGAUGUAGGUGUGAGGAGAGGGGAAUACGAGGACGGCGGGCAGUAUUUCUAUCUCCCUAACAGACCUUAAUCUUGC